GUUGAGUCAGGAUCACCCUGUUGCUAUAAAUGAAGUGAAAAAUUUCGAAGUUCACUUCUCUAUGCACCCAAUCGAUCCAGUGCUAGUUGCAAUUUUAGCUUUGCUCGAAAUGGAUUUCAUGGCUGUAAUGCAACUUACUAGACAGCGGCAGCAACGAGUUCUAGCAUCUUGUUACUUUUUUUUCCUACACCUAUGUAGUCAGGCGAACAACGAACUACGCAAGUAAUAGAAUACGAAAACCGAAUUUUUAGGAACUUCGGCUUUGUGUCCUCAAUCGAAAGAUGUCCGGGAGCAAAAACCACGACACCAACGAUGGGACGCACCCGUUGUUUCAUCACCACGAGUCUGUGGCCACGCCAGGGUUGAUCCACGUAUUUUUCGACGUCGCUGCCAUGGAGGGGUCCGCUGCCAGCAGCAGUAUAACUACAUCAAGUAGUCAGAGCAGCAAGGCGGUGGCGCACCAUGGGCAACCACUGGGGCGUAUGGUCUUCAAGCUGUUUCAGGAGCGGGUACCGAAGACCGUGGAAAACUUUCGACAGUUGUGCAUCGGGGCCAAGGGACAAAAGGACUUCAGCUACGCUGGGAGUUCGUUUCACCGGCUGAUCAAGGAUUUCAUGCUGCAGGGGGGGGACUUCACGAAGCACGACGGCACCGGGGGGAAGAGCAUUUACUCCACCACCCAAUUCGCGGACGAGCCCAACGGGCUCCUGGCCAUGCGGCACAACCGACGCGGCGUGUUGUCCAUGGCGAACAAGGGACCGAACACCAACUCCUCGCAGUUCUUCGUCCUGUUUCAGCCGCAGCCCCACCUGGACGGCAAGCACGUCGUGUUCGGGGAGUUGGUGGAGGGCAUGGAUGUGCUCGACCGCAUCGAAAAGUUUCCCACGGACUCCGGCGACCGGCCACUGACCAAACUGGUCAUCGCCAAGUGCGGCGAGUUGGUCCGCGUAAAACGAGUCUUUCGCCCGUUGUCCGACUCCAAGCACGACCUCCUCCGCGAGCACCACGUGUCUUCCAAAAGGAAAAAACACAUGCUGAAGCGCCUGAAGGCUCUGCAAAAAUCACACCAAGCGAAAGACAGCGCGACCACCAAAAGCUAAGGAAAAACGAAUAUUUUUGAAGAGAAGUCUGUCAUUAUUUCACCCCACGACAGCACGAGAAGAAAUCAACGUUUUUGGUUACACGACACAGUGACGGUCGUGAAAUCAGAGAAGUUUCGCGGUUCACUGUCUGAGGCUCGACGAGUAUAACAAACGCAUAGUACCCAUCAUAGCGUUUUUGUUCCCC